AUGCAGAAGAUCCGAGAAGACUAUAAAGUCGGGAAGAAGCAGUUAGUCAAUGGCAGAGUCAAGACAUUGAACUUCAAGCCCUGGCUAGCGUUUACGGGACGAGACGUUGAGUUCUACACCCUGGAGCAAAGUUGCGAUACCCUCAUGCGGGAGCUCAAAGAACCAUCCAAGGAUUCCUUUUUCUACGAUACCACGAAGAGAAAUAACUCCGCCAGAGAUAUCAGGGCGCGCGCAACGACCCGACCUCGCCCACUUACAGAUAUGUCGUCGUUGCCCGGCAGUGACGAUACCGUCUAUUUCACAGGCCUCGAUCUUGACAAACACAGUGAGGAUGGCGCCGAUGAUGAGGACGAGGACAGUUUCCUCGAUACGCAAGAGAAUAUACCUUCCUCGCCGCCGUUAGCAGCGGUUGAAGCGGUAGUCGGUACACCAUGCCCUCGACCGCGCACCCGAUCGUACAACAAGAUACAGCAGACGCUCUAG